AUGAGGGAGGGAGGCGGGAUGAGAGAGGGAGGCGGGAUGAGGGACGGAAGAGGGAUGGGCGAGGGAGGGGGGAUGAGAGAGGGAGGGGGGAUGAGAGAGGGAGGAGGGAUGAGAGAGGGAAGAGGGAUGGGGGAGAGAAGAGAGACCGGUUUUUUCCUCCCCCCACCAUUACCGCAACUGCAUCCCAAUCACCCUUCUGCUUCCUCCACCAAUCCUCUCACCCCACUUCCCUGCCUCCUCAUUCUGCCGGACCUAUCUCUGGUUCGGCCGGACCUAUGCCCCCUUCCGGACCAAGGCAUCUCACAGAGCACUCACUCCCCUCCGGACCUCCUGCCGGACCUAUUCACUCUGGGGGACCUAUCCGCUCUGCCGGACCUAUGCAUCCCGGUGGACCAACCCAUUCUGCCGGACCACCUCGGCCCGGACCUCCGCCGGCUGCCGGGCCUCCAGCCGGGCUUGCGGUUCGGAAAUCUAGCCGCUAGUCUCCCCACUUGCCCUCUCUCUCACCCUCUCCUCUGCAGCCCUUUCUCCAAUGCCUUCCUGCUUCUCAUUUCUCUGCUCUCUUCAUUUCGUUCGGCAGGUACCAGACCAGUGGAGCUACACCAUUUCCUCCGCAUAUUCUUCCAGCAGCUCACCUCUGCCUUCCAAUCACCCCCGUUCUUCCAGCAACUCACUGCUUACCCCUCUCUCCUCUCCUCUCCUCCUCUCCUCUCCUCUCUCUCUCCUCUCCCUCUCCUCCUCUCCUCUCCUCUCCUCUCCUCUCCUCUGCCUCCUCAACGUGUGCCUUACAGGUAUCAGUGGAGCUACAUCACUUCCUCCGCAUAUUCUUCCAGCAACUCACCUCUGCCUUUCCCGAUGCUGACUGGCAAUCCGUGUCCGCCGGACCUCAUUCCGGACCUCAUUCCGGGCCACACCCUGGGCCUCACACCGGGCCUCACUCUGGACCACAUUCUGGACCUCAUGGUCCCCCACAUGGACCUCCAACUCAUCCCCCUCAUGCCUCACCCCAUCCCCCCUCUCAAGGCCAACCACACCCCUCCUCUCACCCAUCCCCCCACCUUCCCCCUCACAUGCUCCACCCCCUCCCCUCCCACUCAUCUCCCCAUCCCCCGAACCAUCCCCCCCAGUCAAGUCCUUAUCCUCCCCAUCCCAACACGCCCCCCAUCCCUCCCAUGCUCCCCACGGCCCCCAUCCUCCCCAGGGGAGACAGGGCCCUCCCAUCCUUCCCCCGCCCCCUCCCCCCACCCUCGCAACCAAACAUCACCACCCCCACAGCACUUCUCACACCCAGACUCAACCCGAGAGGGCUCCCUCCCCCCCCACCCCAUGCCACCCCUUCACGAGCCCCCCUUUUCCCAUGCAAACCCGCACUUCUCGUCCCUCCCUCCUCCCCUCUCCUCCUCCCACCCUCCCUCACAUGCUCCCCAGCACCGCAUCUCACUCCCUCCCAACGCUCCCAACCAUCCCGCCACCCCCAUGCCGCCUCCUAGCAGGCAAAUGCUGCCGGAUAGGCAGUCAUUUCAGGAACGCCCCCCUCCCUCCUCUCAGCCUCAGCCCGGGGAGGCAGGGAUUCUCCGAGCCUCCUGGCCCAGGGAGGCAGAGAUUUUCCGAACCGCUAGGCACGGUUUUCCCGAGCCUCCUCCUCGGGGCAUGGUGGGAGGUCCGAACGAACCCAUGCCUCCGCCGCAGGUUCGGUGGCAGGGAGGUCCGGGAGAAGGCCCGGGACAUCCAGGAGGGGGGAUGGGAGGAGGGGGGGAGAGGUGGGGGGAGAGGCGGAGGAAGAGGGAAGGGAGAGGUAUGGGGAGGGGCGAGUUUUCUGGGGCGGAAGGGGGAGGGAUGAGGGGAGGGAGGGGAGGAAGGGGAGGAGGGAGAAUGAGUCUAGGAGGGUGUGUUCCCCUCGUCGUUCGUGCUAAUAGCCUGCUGGGCGUUCCUGCGACUCUGGGUCCCGUGGGCGGCACUGUAGCUACAGUAGCAUACGUGUUUUUGUCCUUCACCCUUAUAGUCGCGUAUUUCGCAAAAGGAGGGGAAGUUUUGGCGUUUGGUACGGGUCUGCCCAAUUGGGUGGGUGCAGUGGGGUUCUUUUCGGUGCUGGGUGGUUUAAUCUACAGCGGCAGCACCAGAACAGCGGAUAUCAUUAACCGGGUAUUGACAGCUGGUUUGCUGGGGAUAUUUACCCUGCUGGUCUGCGGAGGGGCGGCAAUCGCGGACUGGGAUGAGCUGGCAGUUGCUGAUUGGUCAGAAAUGCCGACCACUCUCCCCGUGAUCUUCCUCGCGCUGGUCUUCCACGAUUUGAUUCCCGUGAUCUGCACGUAUCUGGACGCGAAUCUGGGAAAGAUUCGGGCGGCAAUUGUGAUCGGGAGUGCAGCACCUCUUACAAUGUUUCUAGUAUGGGACGCCAUAGCUCUUUCCAUCUCCCCUUCCUCCCUCACUUCGGCCGCUGCUGCCGCCGCUGCUGCUCCUGCCGGUGCCUUUUCCCUCUCCUCCCUCUCCUCCGCCGUCUCCUCUCUCUCCUCCUCCCUCUCCCACCUCGCCUCCUCCCUCCCCUCCUCUCUCUCCACCGCCCUCUCCACUCCCUCACUCGCUCCCUCUCACUCCCUCACUCGCUCCUCACUCACUCCUCACUCCCUCACUCGCUCUCCACGCCCUUCCAAGACCCACUGA